AUGGACGACUUGGUACUUGACGAAUUGGUCGACUUCUUUCAGACAUCCGAUGAAUUUGCUCUCUCAACUGCAGUAACAUGUGAUGAUUUGCAUCAAGAUGAUUUCUAUCCGGACGUGGAAUCUCUUCUAGAUCCGUUCAUGCCAACUUUGCUUCCCCUCGAACCAAUUCCAGUCGACAAUGCUGUGACCCCAGUUAUGCCAGCCUCUGCUAACUCGGAACGCUUAACCGUUCAACAACAACAACGUCGAUCCAAGGAUGCUGCUCGACGUAGUGAAUAUCGCAAGCGACAAAAGGAGGAAAAGGAUUCUUUACGUAAAGAGAUUGACGAGUUAUCCGCUAAACUUGACAAGUUACAGGAUUCAACAGACGCUGGUCGGACAUCCCCAUCCACUGACGGUGCACUUUUGAACUAUUUAUGGAAAUCCAUUGCGUCUCGACAAAAGAAUCAUCUUGAAAAUGCUGAGAAGGAACAGCAGCAGCUACGAGCUGCCAUCAGUUCACGAACCACAUUGAUUGAGAACAUGUGUGGACUUUUGAAGAAGCGACUUCACGAUGGAUCGGUUGCAAACGAUGAAUUUGGAGACACGCCGCGACUUAAAAAGCGAAUGCUUCUUACACCGACCGAUUCGGCGCUAUUUCACACGUUUAUUCGAGAACUUCAUACUGUCUACUUGCAAACUGAUGAAGUUAUCACUGCCUGCAAUUCGUCCAUGACGAAAAAGUUUCCGGCAAUUACCAGAUUCAAGGAUAAAGAAACGGAAUACUAUCAGGAAGCUGACCGACAAACACUGCCAUUCAAAUACAAGCAGAUCUGUCAGUCAUUAUGGCAUUGGGCUCAGCUAAAGCACCGACAAGAGGACCGAGAAAUUUAUGAAACGAUGGAAGACCCGGGCAAUAUAAUAGCGAUGAAGUUUCGAAUCACAAGCCGUCGAAUGGGCGAAACUGUGUCGUUGCUGCAGCGAACUGCUGCUCGUCGGUUUCAAGAGGUCAAUCGCGUUGUCGUCGUGUGGAAGGUGUUUUCUGAAGGUGAAGGACUGUUUCAAGGGAUGCAUUCCGACGAGACUGGAUGGUGUGUUGUUCGACCAUCCACAGAUAGUUCCAUGGGCGGGACAAUCCUGGAGACAUGCAUACGGCGCGUACCGAUGCACUUCACCAGUUUGAUGACUUAUACACCCGUCAUCAACGAAUUUACGGAUCUGGUCUUUGCUACGGGAGACGAAGAGAACAAAAGUGUUUUAAAAGCUCUAGAGACGAUGUCACUUGACGCUGAGGGUUGUUAG